AUGGAGGCGUCCACCGUCACCUGUGGCUUGUUACUCGCCGUGUGUGCUCUAGUUGUCACGGCUGGUCCCAUGGCACCCUUCGGAAAGCUUAUCUGUAUCGCGUGCGGGGAGCACGAGGAGCAGGAGACGGAGAAGCACGCGCGCGACAGGCGCAACAAUGCCAUUGCUAUGGGAUACACCCGCACUCAGGAGACGAAUCAAGUCCCACUGAGAGUGAAAAACGACCUCAAGACUGGUAUGGUCGAUACUCACGAUCUCAAGGCUAAGGUCCAGGUUGAAAUGAGGAAUUUCUUCCGGCCUCUGAGAUACGAUACAUUCACCCUGUUCAAUUUCACCUCUACUGGAAGAUCGAAUCGUGUCCUGCCAGCUUACGGCAAGGAAGCCUUUCGGGGAGGUGCUCGUACCAAAGCCAAAUACGUGAGGUGCUCACUGACCACUUCUUUUAUCGACUUUGCCCCGUACCACCUCAGGACACCACCCAAAGCUUACCGCCUCGGUUUUCCGAUAUUUUCCAGAAUACGUGAAAGAAACUUGAACCUCGACAUCGCCAAAGAGUUACUUGUGUAUCAAGACACCAUGGCGGCUUCAGUGACACCGAAACGUCCAGUUCGCAUAGGUGGAGCAUCUGGUGGCUUCACUGACCGAGUUGCCGGCAUCAGGCGCCUUGCUGCCGACCCUAAAGUCGACGCCGUUGUCGGGGAUUGGCUUUCCGAGAACGUCAUGACCGGCUAUGGAGCGGGAAAGGCACGAAAAGUCCAGUCUGACAAAGCAACGACGAAGCUGCCUCUUGAAGAACGGAAGAAGACGGCUUACUAUGCCAGUACAUUCCUCCAAUGCCUUGAGCCAGCGAUCUCUGAAGUCGCCCAAAACGGCGCCAAGUUGGUCGUGAACGCUGGAGCAAGCGACACGGAACUUCUGGCCGAGGUGGUGAACGACAUGGUGCUGGGAGGCGGCUUCGACACGAAGGUCGCCUGGGUCGAAGGCGAUGAUGUGACCUUAUCCUUCAAGCGCCUGGUUGCUGAGGGGGCGACUUUCAGAAGUAUCACAGAUCAAAAGACCUUGAACGAAUGGGGAUUCGACCCCAUUUGCGCACAAGCAUACCUAGGAAGUUUGGGAAUCGCUGAAGCUCUACGACAAGGAGCAGAUCUUGUCAUUUGUGGCAGGGUCUCCGAUGCUGCACCUUCGAUCGGAAUCGCAGCUUGGUGGCAUAACUGGGGAGCGUCCGAUUUGGACGAGCUGGCAGGGGCUCUGGUCGCAGGACACCUAAUCGAGUGCUCGGCUUUUGUUACUGGUGGCUACUACAGCCGCUUCAAAGACCUAAUGAAAGCGAAGAAGCAUCUUGACCUGGGGUUCCCCAUAGCCGAGGUGUUCUCAGAUGGGACAUGCACCAUCACAAAGGAGGAUAUGUCCAAUGGUAUCGUCAACGUCGAGACGGUGACAUCGCAGCUUGUUUACGAAAUCAAUGGGCCGCUCUACUUCAAUUCUGACGUUGUGGCUGUCCUUGAAGGUAUUACUCUGGAGCAAACUGGUAAGGAUCGAGUCCGUGUCUGUGGCGUCAAAGGCCUACCCCCUCCUCCAACAACUCGGUGCGGGAUCACCGCUCACGGAGGUUACCAAGCUGAGUGGCACUUCUAUCUCGUCGGACUGGACAUUGAAGAAAAGUGUAAGUGGAUGGAAGAGCAGGCGAGAUUUGCCAUCGGGGAGGAAUUGAUGAAUCGAUUCACCAUGGUCAAGUUUCACGUCCACGGCAGUUCGCCAGACAACCCCCGAAAUCAAGAGCUCGCAACGGUUGAUUUCCGAAUAUUUGCACAGGCUCAGGACGCCAGCUUGUUCGACCCUACGUCAGUUGACGGCUUUGCAAGAAAGCUUUACGAAACGGUACUGCAGUCUUGCCCGGUAAGCUCUGCCGCCUCGACUAUUACAAAAGCGAUGCUCAUGGCUUUACAGGGAGUUUCACGUUCGAAUGAUAUUAGGCAAUCGGCCGCGAAGAGUUACUGGGAGUAUUUCGUCACAUCAAUUCCGCAGUCGGUUUGCGAGCAUCGGGUACAUUUUCUGUACGACGACAAACCGAGUAUAAAUAUACCAGCACCGCCCAUAACUUGCGAUUACGGGCCCCAAGACUCGUAUGAGACGGAGGAUCCAGUUCCUUGCGGCAGUUUUGGAGCCACAAUCGAAGCGCCACUUGGCUAUAUUGCGCUCGGUCGCUCUGGAGACAAAGCAUCUGAUGCUAAUGUUGGUUUUUUCGUAAGCGGCGCCGAAGAAUGGGACUGGCUGCGGUCUUUCCUUACAAUCAACAAGAUCCAAGAGCUGCUAGGUCCCGAAGAAUAUUACGGUAGACGGAUUGAUCGUUUCGAAAUGAAGAACAUUCGAGCUGUCCAUUUUCUGCUCAAGGAUCAUCUUGACAGAGGCUACAACUCAGGGUCAAAGCUGGAUACUCUGGCGAAAAAUCUCUGCGAGUAUCUGAGGGCGAAGCAUGUUCCAAUCCCCCGCAAAUUCCUUCAAAAGGGGCACCUCUAA